AUGAUCCUCAAGUGCCUCGUCGUAUUUGUACUGAGUGAAACCGUUUCAAGUGGACCAGGAAUAGAUUUCAAUACACUCUGGACUACUUUCGUCAGGGCCAUUCCAAAAAGCAAUCAGAAAGUUAGAUGUAAGAUGUGCCCGCCUGGUAAAUAUGUGGCAGCACCGUGUAUCAGUGGCCAGGCAACAACUUGCGCUGAUUGCUUGAAAGGCCAAUACAACCCUUAUUGGAGCUCCCUUGAAAAAUGCCAUGACUGCAAGCUCUGCGGAGAAAAUGAGGAUACAGUCUCCGAAUGCAAUCACAGGUCCAAUACGGGGUGUCGAUGCAACGUUGAAUCUUUCAUCAAUAAUGGUCACUGCAAGAGACUUACCACAUGCUUCCCUGGUUAUGGUGUACUGACACCAGGAACCUAUACUAGCGAUUCAACAUGUGAAGAAUGUCCCCGUGGCCAUUUCUCUUCAACAAUAUCUAGUAAGGAUGUCUGUCUUCCACACACAAUCUGCGCUGAUGGUUUAGUGGUGAAUGUCCCAGGUAACACUCAGCAUGACACCCUGUGUACUCCCUGCAAUAAAUAUGAUAAUAGCACAGCAUGUGAUGACGCACUUCUCCAUUUUGUGGGACAUCAGAAUAUUCCAGAAGAUAAACUCGAAGCGUUUGCUCGCUUGCUUGCUCCUCCUCAAUCCUUUGAGGCAUUGUAUUGGAAAUUGACUCGUCCCGAACACAGGAAUAAUCUGUUUACAUAUUUAGAUCAGUACCUGAUGAAUUGGAAAACUAUUAUCGAUGGGCAGCCUGUUGCAGAGACGAUAAUAUCGAUACUUGAAAAAGCCAAGUUGAAUAAUGUCCUAGCAAAGGUACUAAGCCGUUUUUGGUAAAGUGUCAGUUGAGGUCAUGUUUACUCAUUCGCCCUGAAUGGUCUCCAAAAGCCUUGUGUUUAAGGGCAAGGUUUUAGUAAAUUGCAUGUCGCAGGAGGGGUUUUAUUUUAUUCCAGGUUCCAGUUUGUUUUUUGGCCAUUGUGGGAUGCAAGGGAGAGAAAGGCAAAAACAAACUUGGUUUCCCACUUUUGCUGCCAAUCCUGCAAGUCUGUGUAGCAGCUUAAACCGGUGGCGGGGUUAGUAGUUUCAAGAGAGUCAAGAAUCAAGAGACAAAUA